AUGUUCUAUUUCUCCAAUUCUUGCAGUUCCUUGAAAAAACAACUGAUUGUAGCAAGAGAUACCAGGCGCGUAGACAUAUUAUGUUAUAGGCUUUCAUUGAGCCAAAAAAUUUCUUUUGGAGCCGAAAAUUGCCCAAAGCUGUAUGAAGUUCUUGAUGAAGCAGUGAACAAGCUUGAAGCAGAUGUUGGCCCUUUGACUGGUUUGCCUGUGAAGAUGGCUAGAGGUAUAGUGAACAGGCUCUCAUUUGGCCCUGCUGUUCAGCAACUUUGCGGCUUGGCUGUUGAGUACAUAGAUGCCCUUCUCUCUGAGAGAGUGUCUGAAAUGCCAUCUAAUGCUAAGGUCAAAGAUUGCGAGGUGAUAGAAUCAAAGCUCGUCAGAUUUGAGGAUGUCUUUACCUCAUCUGUGACCGUUGUUUUGAGUUCUGAAGGGUCAUCUAUGGAGAAUGUUGUUGGUUACACUUUGUGGCAUCGGAAAGCUGUUGAAACGGAAUAUCCAGUAGAACCAACUCGAACAUUGUUUUCCCCAAACACUAGGUUUGUGCUCUCAGAUCUGAUGCCAGCUACAGAUUAUGUUCUCAAGAUUAUUUCCCUUGAUAGCAAGAGAGAACUGGGAAUGUUUGAAGUUCAAUUCUGCACCAGUAAAGCUGGAAAUGAACUAUCUAAUCUGAACAUGAAAAGCUUAGAAGUUGAAAGAAGUCAAAGUCCACCAACAAAUUGCAGCAACCUUUCUAAUCCUUCUUCAGUGGAGGAUGAAACUAAUAACAUCGUGCUAUGCAGCAAUGAGGAUGAGAACAGAGGGGAUAAUUGUCUUUCUUGUUGUGAUAACACUGAUAAAGCAAUUUCUACAGACUUGUGUUGCACCAUGAUCGCCUUUGCUAGUAAAAGUCAUAUAGGAAAUGAAGGAGUAAUGGUAUCUUUAGGUGAUGAGGAAGAUAGCAUUGUAAAAGUAACCUCCUUGCCAAAUACUGAUGCUGUAAAUCUUGAGAACAAGCAGUGUUCAGAUGUUCAAACAACAGAAGAGACGAGCACUGAUAAUGGGUCAAAUGCACCUCUCCAGACUGCCUUAGAAUUUACACCGUUUGUAGGUGGUGUGGAAGCUGGCUUACCUAUUACGCCCUGCAAGAUGGAGAAUGUGAAGGGAAGUCUUGGGCGGAAAGGAAAAUCAGAACAUUGCAGCAAGGAUCUCGAUAAUGGAUCAGGGAAGGAGGAUGGACCACAAGUUGGCUGUUCUUCGAAGAAGAGAGUUGGAGAAUGGCAUGAAGAAUGUGCUGGUACUGGAGAUAAGGAUUUUGAGUAUUACGUCAAAGUAGUUCGAUGGUUAGAGUGUGGUGGACAUAUUGACAAGACAUUCAGGCAGAAGUUCUUAACCUGGUAUAGCUUAAGAGCUACACCACAAGAUGUUAGGAUUGUCAAGGCAUUUGUUGAUACCCUAAUCGAAGAUCCAGCAUCACUUGCCGGGCAGCUGGUUGAUACUUUCUCUGAUGUUAUUUCAAGCAAGAGAGCUUCUGUAGUUCCGGCAGGGUUUUGCCUAAAGCUUUGGCAUUAAAGGAUUCGGAAUGUGGAUCCUCUAUCCUCUGCUUCAUGAUUUAUAGUCGCUGCUUAACUGAACAUAAUUCUUUGAUUCCCAAAUUGUUCGAUGUGAUUGUUAGUCGAUUCAUAUUUAUGAUGUAAACGAUUAAACCAUCUUGAAUUUUAUUUUUUUUCCUUAUAGGUUGGUUCUACCCAAUUCAUCCACAUUUCUCUCUGAUGUUAUGACAUUGGAGUUGGAAUGAAAGUGAUAUUGCUGUAAGAUAAUUUGAAAUACAAAAAUCUGAUUCGAUAUUUACUUC